CACAUAGUACCGGCGAUUUAUAACAGCAAUGCGGUGAUUGGGACAAACGUUGAGGAUAUUCCGAUACUUGGUCCAGAAAGUUGGACCCUGUGGGAGGAGAAGUGGUGCCACUUCCAAUCAUAUAAACUCCAACGAUAUCAUCAAUCUCGCCUUAUUUCAGAAUCAACACCAAAGACUAAAAGCUAUAUUUACGCUUCUUGAAUAAUCUAUCUGGUUACGCUUUGCCAUUUAGAAGGUAGUUGCCUAUAAUUGACCUAAUAUCAGCCCUUCAAAACAGAAACUGUACAUCUAUCUAUUCGCUUUUUUAAGGGACCUCAAAAUGGAACAAGCUGUCGGUGGCACUGGGACUCUCCCAAGAAAGCCAUCCAACGACGCUUCCAAAUCUCAUGCAGACUUGAAGGACAAUUUUUACCGCUAUUUCCAGGAAGAGAUCACCGACCUCCAAGACCAGAUCGAUAGGCUUGAGCGUACCGCACUUGUUGGCGGUGAAAGACAGGACGCCAUUGACUAUUGUCUGGCCAGCAUCUCCAGGCUCACCACAGAAGUUUAUGAUGCACUAGACUUCAUCCCCGCGUAUGAUCAACGGGCAUACACAGCAUCAAUCAACAGCCUCACGGACAAGUUCCACGAAGCCCGCGCAAAGUUUGCACCAAAGUCACGUUUUGCUUUUAAAAUCAAGAAGAACGAAUCUGCCCUCUCUCUCCAGGAUGUCGCUGCCGCCGCGGCAAUCACAGCACGAAAGACAGAUUCGGAGAACAAGGCAUCCGAGUCAAACAAUGGUGACCCCUCUAGGCCAGCAGCGACCAGUGUCCAGCCUCCCUCAAAGGAUUAUAAUGCUGAGAUUUCCGAGAAUUCUGCCCGCAUUCGUGCUCCCAGUUUCAGGCAAGCCAAUUCAGUCACCAUUUCUGAUCACGAAGGCCUACACAUCAUACUCCCAUCCUCUGCAGCCCAUGCCACGUCUUCAGGAUCCCUUACCGACCUCAGCAAAUGCAUUGUGGAUAUGUCCAUAUCAACUGCCAAUGGCCAACCCUUCGCAGGCCUGGCGCUGAAAAAUAUAACGAAUUCCCUCAUUGUGGCUGGCCAGGUCGCAGGUGCAACACACAUUACCAACGUUCAGGACACGGUUGUGGUGGUCUCGAGUCGACAGGUGAGGAUGCACGAUUGCAAUAAUGUGGAUGUCUACCUUUCCUGCAUGAGCAGGCCCAUUAUUGAGGAUUGCAAGAAUAUAAGGUUUGCUCCGAUUCCAAAGUGCUAUGAGGUGCCGUCAGAUGAGCCCGUGGAGAACCAUUGGGAUCAGGUGGAUGACUUCAAGUGGCUCAAGGCAGAGAAAAGCCCUAACUGGAGUGUUCUUGUGGAAUCGGAGAGGUUGCCGGAAGCAAUUUGGACCACUGUAGUUCCUGGGAAGCUUGGGAUGGCAGCUGAGGAUAUACUCAAGCAGGUCGGUACUCCUAACUAGUUGGAAUAUGUUACGGAGAGGCUGUCCUCAUAUGAGCACAUCUCCAGAUUAUGCAGGGAAGGGCUACUAUGGGUACUUAUAAUGGCAUGUUCUAUGAGUUAGAUUAAUAUUUCAUUAAUUUGGAGACGAUUUGUUA